CAUAUGCUUCCUUCCACCAAAAGCGCUGUUCACCUCAUCUGCUCACAUAUACACACUCACACUACUGAAGGCACUCCCCACCAUUAUCCAUCCAACUCCCCCAACAAAUCUACAAAUACACCUUUUUUUUUCUUUCUCUCCAACCUCUUUAUUAUAUCUAUAUAUAUCUUUCCAUCUACGUUUCGAAUAUUUACUCCCCCAAAAACAUGCUUCAACAUCCAUAAACACUUACUACUAAUAAACAAAUAAACCCUAUCAUCAAGCAUUUAACCAUUUUCCUUCAAACCCCACUUCCCAAAAUCACAUUUUUUUAAUGGGUAAUUGCUCAAAAACACUCAAGAAAACAAACCCAGAUCACCACCAAAAUCUUGACAAUUUUUACCCUAAAAUCAACACUCCCGAUCAAAUUCAUCGGAAACCAGACACCCCCGAGAAACCCCACCAAAAAAGAGAUCAUUCGGAUUCCGGCAGUAAACUUCCGGCACCGGUGCCGGCGCCGGCGCCGGUGGUCCGGCUGUACGGAUCACCGGCAUCACCAGCUACAUCCUACAUUCGUUUUGCAAUAAUGUAUAAGCCAGUAACUUUACUUUUCGUCCCGUCGGAAACCCCAGAUUUCGGGUUCGAAACGCCGGUGAUACAGUAUGGAUCUGACGUCAUAUCCGGGUCAUCAGUGACGAUACUCCGUUAUCUAGACGCGAAGUUUCCGACGCCGUUACUGUUAAGCAACUGGAAUAAUAAUGACGAGAGGAUGCCGGUGGUGGUGACGUCGACGGUUUUGCAACAUAAAAGUUUGUUAUGGCAUUUGGAAAGGAUGGUGAGGUGGGGUGAGGAUCUGGCGACACGUGGCGGAAAGUCAAAGGGAGAUCCGGUUAUGGGAAGUGCUAGGAUGGAAGUUAAGAAAUAUGGAAAGAGUUAUUCACAGUUGUUGGAAUUGUUGCUUGAACAUGCUCAAAUGGAAGAGAGAAUUCUCUUUCCUAUUUUGGAAAGGGAAGAUAGAGGUUUAUCUAAAUCUGUAAAUGCGGAGCAUGCAAGAGACCUACCCCUCAUGAAUGGCAUCAAAGAAGACAUCAAAACCAUCAUAGUUCUCGACUCAGGCAGCACUUCAUUGCAUGAUGCCCUCUUUAGUUUGUCCACUAGACUGAAAUCGUUACAGGAGAAUUGCAAGGAGCACUUUGAUGAGGAAGAAAGGGGGAUUUUACCAUUGAUGGAGGCAACAGAGUUGACUCAAGGACAGCAAGAGAGACUAUUAGAGCAAUCUUUAGAUGUGAUGCCCGGUACACACUCUCACCUCCUCAAGUUUUUUAUGGAAGGCCUUCUCCCUCAAGAAGCCAUGCUUUAUCUUGAUUUGAUCACUAAAUGCACCGACAAAGAUCGAGCCGGCUCCAUAUACCGCUUCUUAGUCGAGGAGCACCAUGGAAAACGCAAUGAGGGUCGCCCGACCAUGGCAUUGUUGUUAAAAGCCAAAUCCUGAGUUGAGCUGCAUUCCGAAUUAAAACAUCCCAACAGUGAGCGGAUAAAGAAUUGGGUAAAGUCAAAAGUGUGUGUCUAGGUGGUUAGUAACAAUCGAUUAAGGUAGUGGUUUGAUGGUUGAUUUGGCUGUGUAUUAUAUGUAUACUUCUAUAAAAUGUAAUGUGUACUUGUGCCCAUUAACCCAACCUAAUUCCAUAUUAACAGCAACAACCAUAGAAGAGGAUGUAAAAAGGAUGAAACUCCUGGCUUUCAUGUAUUGAUUCGUAGGCUAUGCAUCUAAAAGUUGUAUAUUUUUUCUUCCUUUGAUUGAUCCAAGCUAAAUGCAGUUGUCAUUUUCA